AUGGCCGAUGCCUCCGCACCACAAGUGGUUCAUGCCGAGCCCAAUGAAACCGGCCUCUACGAACUCGAAAGUCUAUGCAUGAAUUGUCGCGAUAAUGGUGUUACUCGCAUUCUACCCAUCAAGAUCCCGUUCUUCAAAGAAAUCCUCCUGGAGUCGUUCUCUUGCGAUCACUGCGGCUGGAAAAACAAUACUGUAAAAAGUGCGGGCCAAAUUCAAGAGAAGGGCACCAAAUAUACCUUCAAGCUGGACAAAGCCGCCGACUUCCAGCGACAAGUUGUUCGAAGCGACAAUGGUAUCUUCAAGCUUGAAGAUAUCGAUCUCGAAAUGCCAUCUGCGCCCGGCCAAUUCACAAACAUUGAAGGUCUCGUCUCGAAGAUAAAGACAGACUUAGAAUACGAUCAACCAGCACGGAAAGAAGCCACUCCAGACUUAUACAACGCACUGCAAGCAAUUAUCGAAAAGAUUAGAAACAUGCUAGAGGGCAAGGCGUUUCCUUUCACCGUUUCAUUAGACGACAUGUCCGGGAACUCGUUCAUUGAGCCCUCACCGGAGGACAAAGGCUCCAAGUACAUCCGACACGACUAUCUCCGAACAAAUGCCCAAAAUGCAAAACUGGGUUUGCUUGCUGAUGAGGAUGUCGAAGGUCCUGCGGGCGAUAGUAUGGAAGGCGUCGAUAUUGUCGAUGAUCAGGUAUAUGAACUGCAUGCUGAGUGCCCAGCUUGCUCCAAGUCGUGUACAGUCAACAUGAAGAAGACCAACAUUCCCCAUUUCAAAGAAGUCAUCAUCAUGGCUACAGUCUGCGACCACUGUGGAUACCGCACAAGCGAUGUCAAGACGGGUGGUGCGAUUCCGGAAAAGGGCAAACGCAUCACGUUGGACAUCCGGACGGUGGAAGAUAUGUCCCGCGACAUUCUCAAGUCGGAGUCUUGUGUGCUCAAAAGUCAAGAUUUGGGCCUCGAGGUGCAACCAGGAACGCUUGGCGGCCGCUUCACCACGGUCGAGGGUCUCCUGAGUCAAGUCAGAGAUCAGCUACACGGCCAAAUUUUCGAUGUGGAAGAUGAAGGCCUCGCUCCGGGUGACUCCAUGUCAUCGGACACAAAAGCGAGAUGGGACGCCUUCUUUAGCAAAUUGGACAAGGCUAUCAAGGCCGAAUUCCCGUACUCCAUCACCUUAGAAGAUCCCCUUGCCAACUCUUUCGUGCAGAAGAAUGUGGAUUCUGGGGAAGAUCCUCAGAUCAAAAGCGAAGAGUAUGAGAGAACAGCAGAGGAGAUGGAAGAUCUAGGCCUCAACGAUAUGAAAACAGAAGGAUAUGAACAAGAGUAA